AUGUGAGUGCUGCCAUGGGCCUGGAAUGUCCCAGGAGGGUAAGAAUAGCCCAUGAUGAGUGAUGACGUCUGUUGUCAUCUGGUUACUGCAGUUGUCAGGAACUGUUGCCUCGGAGGCAGACAGCUUGGGCUCAUCUCCACUUGGAGUAGAAAAACUGACCUCUUACUCCUGGGCUGAAAUCUUGUCUUUCUUAUUUCUAGCUCUUACCUUUCAAUCUUCUGUAACUAAGGUACAUUUAUUCCUGCAGAAAACAAAAGUAUUUUCCACCUCCUUGGGGAACCCAGGCUUCAGACGUCACCAGCAGCUUGAGUCUGCAACAUUCUGGAAGUAUGGAACGUCUGGACCUGCUGGGACUCCUCAUCAUGACCUUAAACCACAGCAUGACCAUUGUGGGGAAGCUCUGGCUCGCCUUCACGAUCCUGCUGAGGAUGGCAGUGAUCAUCUUGGCAGGAUCCCCCAUCUACCAGGACGAGCAGGAGAGGUUUGUAUGCAACACUCUGCAGCCUGGAUGCACCAACGUUUGCUAUGACUUCUUCUCCCCUGUGUCUCCCCUGCGCUUCUGGCUGAUCCAGAGUGUGUCUGUUCUGCUCCCUUCGGCUGUUUUCAGCGUCUAUGUGCUGCACAAAGGAGCUGAACUCGCCAUGCGUGCAGCCUGCAGGCCAGACGUGCCAGACUUCUCCUCUGGUUACAUUGUCCACCUCUUUCUUCGGACUCUGACGGAGGCAGCUUUUGGUGCCUUGCAUUACCUGUUCUUUGGAUUCUUGGUCCCAACGAGAUUCUCCUGCAUGCAUUCCCCAUGCACCAGCGUGGUGGACUGUUAUGUGUCUCGGCCCACUGAGAAGUCCAUUAUGAUGCUGUUCAUCUGGGUGGUCAGUGUACUCUCCUUCCUGCUCAGCAUGGCUGACCUCAUCUAUAGCCUGCAGGGGAGGAUGAGCAGGAGGCCAGGCCCCGCUGGGCAGGAGGGCCAUGCUGGCAGGGCUGCCCCUGGCCAUGCUGGGGGCCCGGGCAGGAGGCCGGGGCUGAGGGCCGGGGAGGAAGAGGGGGAGCCUGCAGGGGAAGGUGUCAACAGCCCCAGUGGGAAGCCUGCUGUGUCGCGGCAGAUGGAGCUUCCUGAUGAGGACCAGAGUGAGCUGAUGUCCUUAGCCAGUGACAAGCUGGCCAUGGCCUGUAGAGAGCUGGGAAGCAGGCCCCACAGUGCAGCCACCCAAAACUCAAGGAGCAGAGACCUCACAAGGUCAGAGGAAUGCUCCCUAACUCCUGGGAGCUGGUUGGCAGGGCGCUGUCCAUCCAGCCAGCUGCAGCCCCCUGCAUCCGGCAGUGCUCCCCACUUGAGAACCAGAAAGUCUGAGUGGGUAUGAAGAUGAAAUGCCGGGUGGCACGGGGAACACCGUUCUGUCUGAAUGUAAACUUGGACCACAAAGGUGCAGGCCCACUUUGGCUGGUGUGAAAUCUUAUCACUCAACUAUGUUCCUGGAGAACAUCAACAGAGAGGCCAACAGGCAUGGGACAAAAUGGGCCUUGUGGAGUAUGCUGAUAUACUUGCAGUGUAGAUUUAAUUUAGAUAAGCUUUCUGCUGAAAAAAGCAAAACAAAACACUUGGCCUUCAAAUUUAGGCUGGAAGCUAAAAUGAUAAUUUGGAGAGUGCCAGGUCACUGGUGAUUCUGCAAUGCAGUCCUAUUGCCUUAUCCUUUUCCACAGUUCAUCCCUAAUGUGAACCCUGGUCUCUUAAGUGAAUAAUGCUCAUUAGGGUCUUAAUGUUUCCUGAUGAAUUAUUAUGAAGUUCUUUGUUUUUUGUUGGUUUUCUGCUUGGAUAAAAGAGACAUGUUAUGCCUGCCAUCAAGAGGGAGAUGCUAGUUUAACUCCUCCAAACCCGUUUGAUAAAAUUAAUGCUGAUUGCAUUGUGAGACACACUUUGUACUUAACAGUGUAAUAGGAGAAAUGACAAGAACAGAAAGCAUGGCUAAUGAACAGCUGCGUGUCUGGGGGGUGUCUUAGAUAAUUCUCACACAUGGGUUUGGGUGCACUGGCUGUGGGGUGGCCUCUGGCUGCUUGGUUGGUCCUGGAUGCUUGCUGAGUGCUGUCCUCCCUGAGAAGUGGGAGCACCUGGCCAUUGCAGCGGGGAGAUGGAGACGUCUCCUGCUUUCUAGCCCAGGUUCACGGGUCCUGUCCAGAGUGGUGCAGUGAAGUCACCCUGUCUUCACCUUCUGGCAGGAAGAUGAGAACCCGAGUGGGGCAUCUCCCAGCCUGGGCCCAGGCACUUCUCUGCCUCUUCUCUGUCACUCUGCUUUCCAUCCAGGUGCUGUCCAAGGUAGAGCACGACUCUGUGAAAGCUUUGGUGCUCUUAACUGCUACACAGGCAGACACAGUGCAGCAGAAGGAGCUCCUGUGCAUCCCGAUCUGCCUGCUCACCUUCAUCAGGAGGGGGAACAGUCCUCUGGGUGUUCGUCCAGAGCUGGUGAACAUCCUCCUGGCUCAAGACACAACAUGGCCCAGGGGAGGAAUGUCCUUUCAUGCCAGAAACAAUAAGAAAGCUGAACCUUUUUUCAACACACUUAUGAAACCAAUGGACACUUUUAAUUGUUCUAAGGAAAACUUGACAGUGAAGUAUCUGCCAGGAUGGAGAAUAACAUCCCACUUGAUAUACGUAUAGGAUGUCAAAGCCUAUUGAUUUUGAUUUUGACUAACAGGAUUUAAACCUUAAAAAAAAUCAUCUGACAUUGG